AUGCUAAAGUUGAAUUCUCUAAACCUCUCAAGAAACAAUUUGACAGGGAAGGUUCUUGAAAAGUUUGGUAACCUGAACAGGUUAGAAUCUCUUGAUUUGUCAAGACGCCAGAUAUCUGGGAGAAUUCCUUCAAGUUUUUCGAGCUUAAACUUUCUUAGUGUCUUGGACUUAUCAUACAACCAUUUGUCUGGAAGAAUUCCACUAGGCACUCAACUUCAGUCUUUUAAUGCUUCUGCCUAUAUGGGAAAUAGUGGACUUUGCGGACCACCACUUACACAACAAUGCCCUGGAGAUGGAACAACACAAAAUCCUGGAGUCACUACUGGUACUGAAUAUGAUGAUGAUGGUAUCAUAAGCAUGGGAUUCUUUGUCAGUACAGUGCUUGGAUUCGCCACUGGAUUUUGGAAAGUCUGUGGCAGUUUACUGCUUAAGAGCUCUUGGAGACACUCCUAUUUCAGGUUCCUGGAUGAUACAAGAGAUUGGGUUCAUGUCAAAACUGCUGUGUACAAGGAGCUUCUCACUGGCAUUCGGGGGAAUGAGCCGACUUACCCCGAAAUUGGAAAUUCAAGGCUUAAUGUGGAAGGUUUUGAGAUGCCGUUGCUAAGAAAUAAAUAA